CUCUCACAAUUUUUUUCCAACCUGAUCUAAAAGCAAAAUAAUCAUACAAAAUCGCUACAAUGAAAAUAGCAAACCAGCGUUCUAUAUUCGCAUGGAUUUUGCUGGUAUGUUUGGGAAGUUCCUUCAUUUUCCGGGUGUUCUCAUCGAACCCAGAGCAGAGCAAAGGAACCGUGGCAUUGCGAGGCCGAGCCGUCCCAGAAAGGAAACUGGCGGGCGCCAAGUGUGGCUGCGAUUCGUGCACCGAUCAAGUGCUGAACACUUUGGCAGAUGGACAUUCUUGCGGAAGCCGUAUUGAUUGGGCGAUUGGAAACAUGGGUCUUUCCGAAUCCGAGGCGUGUGGUCUUAUCGGUGGCGAGGAGUAUCCGUCAAAAUGCGGUGGUUGCAAUCCCUCUUCUUGCCCGGCUCCUUCGUCUCACUGCAACUGCAACAGAUGCACGGAUGCAGUUUGGAAUACAAUUGCAGAUGGUCACAGUUGUGGUGAUCGAAUUUCUUGGCUUGAACAAACCGAUGUCGCAACUCUGCUUAGCCUCGGCAUUGCUGAUGGUCCCUUCGACCAAGCCAGCGCUUGCCGCGCUGUUAGCGAACAAUUCCCGGGGACCUGCACGUGCGAUUGUAGCUCAACUCCUGUAGAAGCUCCACCUGCUUCUCCACCAACACCAAUGCUUACCGGGGAGCCCAUUGACAACACAAUGUGUGGAUGUAGCUCCUGCACCGAUCAGGUGUUAAAUAGUGUGGCUGAAGGUCAUACAUGCCGUAACCGAAUCGAGUGGAUCAAGGCAAACCAAGGACUUUCCGAAGCCGAUUCAUGCCAGAUCGUUGCCGAUGAAUUCCCAUCUAUCUGCGGAAAAUGCGAUGUCGAUCGCUGCGGCUCCUCUCCCCCCCCGCCUGCGCCUGUAUCCAAUAUUGGGUCGAUAAAGGCUAUGAGUUACAACACAGAGUACUCGGGAUACGCUGAUGGAAGGCUACCAGAUUUUGCUUCAAAGAUCAGAGAAGUCGACCCUGACGUCGUUGGCAUACAGGAGUGCCAGGACGCGAACGCGUUGGCUAGUGCUUCUGGAUACGACGUGGUACGUCAAACGGGUCCCCAGAACUACAUAUUUUACAAACCAGGUCGCCUUCAAGUUUUGGAGAGUGGCUUCAUGAGCAUUCCCCGAGACAACUAUUCUGAGCGAACAAUCACGUGGGGAAAGUAAGUGAGCGACAGGGUUGAGACUGUGUGCACCAGCGAAUUGUUUAUGGAUUGUUGUCCGCUCACAGAUUGCUUUCGUCCCUGCAAUUCCAUAGAUUUCGGGUUGUGUCCGGAGAUGGAAUCGGGAACGAGUUUUGGUUCUUCAAUACACACCUUCCCCACCGUCACAACGAGGCAUCGGACCCGAACACGCAUGCACGCAUUGGUCGAUUGCUAGUGGCCAAGAGAGCAGAGCUCAAUGCGGCAAACACUCCCACCAUCGUGGUCGGUGAUUGCAAUCCCUUUGCUUCCGAUGGGGCUCCGGAGGGGUCCUUCGAGUCCAACCUGGCAAGCGGUGGAAUUCCAAAGGUGUACCAGGCGCGGGGAAACACCGGAGGCCACGCCGGGCUGGACAAGAUCUUCGCUUCUGCUGGACACUGGACUGCCUCGAAUGCCGCGGACCGUGGGACCGGAAGAAGCGACCACCCUGCCAUUUUCGUAGAUCUUCUCACGAAGGAUGCGUAACAACUGCAUGGCUGUUCGUUGAUACACCCGUUGGUUUCGGUGCCACUAUUCAUACCUAAAAGACCCACGUUUAAUUUUUAAC